AUGCCUAAAGCCAAAACUGUAAAAAAACCAGCCACCGGUGGUGGCAAAAGAAAAUUAUCCCCAUAUAACACUUUUAUGAAAUCUGAACUUCCAAAGGUUAAAGCUGAAAAUCCUAACCUUGAACAUAAAGCCGCUUUCAAACUUGUUGCUGAACGAUGGAAAAAUAGUGCUGAAAAUCCAAAGACAUCCAAACGUAGUUCGAGGCCUCCGCCACCAGAAGGGAUUAUUGAUUCUUCGUUAAAUCCUUUAUCACAAUCAUCUUUUAUUAAUCAAAUUGGUCAAUUGGAAUUAUUAUCAUCACUAAAAUCAACACAAGGUUCCAGUGAAAAUAAUAAUUAUUCAAAAAAUGUAAAUAAUAUUAAAGCGAAAAAUAAUGGGAAUAAUGAUAAUAACUAUCGUCAUAAUAAAGAAGAUCGUAAUAAUGAUAAUUUAUCACCCAUUAUUAAUCCAACCCCUAAUCCAAAUAAUGACGAUAAUAGGAAUCAAGACAAUAGUAAUUACCAUAUUAAUGAACAAAAUGAUGAUUUUGAAGAUUUAUUUUCACAAAUUAUUAAUUCAAAUAAUAAUAAUAAUAGUAGUAAUAAUAAUAGCAACAAUAAUGACAACUUAAUUAUUGAUUUACCGGAUAAAAACAUCCAAUCUCUCGACAACAAUUCAUCAUCAUCAAAAAAUUUAUCAUCGUCCUCCCCCUCCUCAAUAACAACAAAAAUUCCAUCACCUCAAAAUUCGACAUCAUCACUUCUUGCAACUUCAUUCAAAUCAACAAAAAAAGAUAAAAAACAAAAGGCUGUCUUUAAGAUUGUUAUGCCUUCUUCACGUUCAUCGUCCAAAAUUACUAAACCUAUUAUUAAACCCAUCAAUUCCAAUAAUACUAACAUAAAACCAAUCACCAACACCGUUGCCAACGUUAAUUCUACCGAUUCUAAAUCAAACAAAAUUACCAAAACCACAGCGACAAAAAAGGGCACAACAAGAACUAAUAAUAAAAAAACCAAUAAUUCUCUUUCUGGUAUGACGAGAACGAACGCGACACCAUUAAUUGAUAAAAAUGGAAUAUUUUCAGAUUUAAAAGUUUUAUUUAUUCCAAAAAAAAUUGAUAAAGUUCGAUUAGGUUUAAUGAAAUCAAAGGUUAUGGCUAAAGAAAUUAAAGAUAAAAACAAAUUAAAAAUGAUUCAGAAUGCAAUUAUAGUUGAACCAGAUUGGAUCUCACAAUCAAUUAUGUUUGGAAAAGUCCUUGAUGUUGAACCUUUUCUUGUCAAUUAUAUGGAUCAAGUUAAUAAUAACAAUAAUCGUGAUAAAAACUCAAAACCAAUACUGACAUCAACACAAGCUCAUAUGAAAAGAAAUCAUGAAGAACCAGGAAAACAACAAGAAUCUUUAAUUAGCAGUGGCAAGGACAAUGAUGACAAUCAAAAGAUAAAGAGAAGACGUAUCUCAUUUGUAACAGCAGCAACAGCAACAAUGACUUCAUCAUCAUUACCUAUUGAAUGUAAUAUUUUUCAAGAUCCAUUAACUGAAAUGAUUUUUGAAGCAAAAAAACUUCAAGAAAAUCAAGAAAAUAACAAGCAACAAAAUUCUAAUGAUGUUGUAAUGGAUGAUGAUAAAAAUUCGUCUUCUACUACUAAAUCAAAGUAUUUUGGUUCAUUUAUUUGCAUGCAGAAGAAUGUUGCUGGAGAAAUAAAUUCAAAUCCAAAUAAAGAUAUUAUACAAAAGCUUCAAAUUUUAUAUGAACAUUAUGAAAGAAUGAAAGAUCAUUGGAGAAUGUUAAGUUAUAGAAAAGCAAUUUCAGCUUUAAAAAAAUAUAAUAAACCGAUCACAUCAUAUGAAGAAGCAAGAAAUAUAUUUGGUAUUGGAGAGCGUACAGCUCAAAAGAUUAUGGAAAUCAUCGAAACUGGUCGUUUGCAAAGAAUUGAAAAUUUAGUUGGCAAUACCUUGGCUAUGAAAUGGCACGCCAAAGGAUAUAGAACUUUUGAGGAUCUAUUACAAAAUGCGAAAUUAACAUCUGCCCAACGAGCCGGUAUUAUUUAUUAUGAUGAUUUACAAGAAAGAAUUCCAAGAAAUGAAGUCACAGAAAUAUCUAUGUGUAUAGAAAGAUUAGCUCACACUGUAGAUAAAAAUUUAGAAUGUAUAACCGUAGGAUCGUAUAGAAGAGGAAGUAGUAGUUGUGGUGAUAUUGAUAUCAUGAUAACUAAAAAUGAUUCUAAAGGAAAAAAUCAUUUAGGUAUUUUAUCAAAGUUACUCCCUAUUUUGCGUAGAGAGUCUAUCAUCGUGCAUGACCUAGCACAACAUCAUGGUAAAGAAUCGCUUUCAGAAAGGUAUCGUGGUAUUUGUAAAUUACCUGGUGGAAAAAAUCGCAGAUUAGAUUUAUUCACAGUUCCUUACAAUGAAAUCGGGGCAGCUUUAUUAUCUUACACGGGAAAUGAUUUGUUUAAUAGAAGUAUGAGAUUAUUGGCCAGGAAAAAAAAAAUGAGAUUAAAUCAUCAUGGAUUAUAUGGAAAUAUAAUUCGUGGUAAUGGAGGAAUAAAAUAUUCAGAGGGUACUUUAAUUGCUCAAAAAACCGAAAUUGAAAUAUUUGAUGCAUUGGGUGUUCCAUAUAGAUCUCCAGGAGAAAGGAAUUGUUAG